AUGACACUUCUCUUCACCAUUUUUCUUCUUUUGGUUCUAUUUGUGGCAACUGCUUUUUACUAUGAACACCCCAAGGCAACAAUCCCACCUGGAUUUAGCGAGCGCAAGAAGCUUUAUGCUUUUCAUUACAUCAUGAACUUUGGUUUCGGGCUGGCAAUAUUACUGGAGAAACUUGGUAUCAUGUCAGAGGUCAGUUUCCUCAGAAUUGUAAUGGAUGGAAUACCACCACUAAGUGAUAAACGCCUUAUUAUCAAGGACUUAAUCUUUGAAAAGGUUCAAGUGAGAUUGUACCAGCCAAAAACAUCGACCACUGGCCAAAGGAGAGGAGUCCUCUACUUUCAUGGCGGGGUUGGACGGUUUGGAAGCAUUCGGGCCUAUGAAAGAACGUGCCGUUAUCUUGCUAGGAAAACCAAUUCAGUGAUUGUGUCUGUUGGGUAUCGCCUCGCUCCUGAGUAUCCAUAUCCAACCCAGUUCCAAGACUGCCUCACUGCCACCAUACACUUCAUGAAGACAGCACAAGAUUACGGAGUAGACCCUGCCCGCAUUAUUGUCUGUGGGGAUAGCAGUGGAGGUACACUCACUGCUGCUGUUGCCCAAGCACUGGUGAACAGAAAAGAUGUCCCAAAGCUGAGAGCACAAAUCUUAAUAUAUCCUUUUCUCCAGGCUGCGGACUUUAAUUUGCCUUCUUAUCAGCAGAACGCCAGAAUUCCUGUUUUGAUAAGGGAACGAACCCUCAUUUUAGGUUUGAAGUAUCUCAAUAAAGACUUGUCUGCUCUAAAUACGCUACUUGAUGGUUCCCAUAUUUCAGAAAAGGGAAGACAGAAGUACCAGAAAUGGCUGAGUGCUGAUAACAUCCCUCAUGAGUUUAAAACAAGAGGCUACAAACCUCCAGGACCACCAUCACCAUACUCAGAAGAACUCUACGAGCUGGCCAAGCCUUUUCUUGAGCCUUUAUUUUCACCACUGCUGUGUGAAGACAGUAUCGUGUCCCAGCUUCCUGAGACUUUCAUUCUGACCUGCGAAUACGAUGUGCUUAGAGAUGACGGACUGCUGUACAAGAAGCGAUUAGAGGAUCAUGGUAUAAAAGUGACCUUGUGCCACCUGGAAGAGGGGUUCCAUGGGACAAUAUUCUUAGCUGCUAUUGGUAAGGUGGCGAGAUUCCAGUCUGGAAUUAAAGGCAUGGAAAAGAUAAUAAAAUUUCUAAGAUUGAUGUAAACCUUCAUUAUUUGCUUUCCCUUUCCUGAUUCCUAUCUCUCCCUACUUGCAAAGAUUUUUUUUAAGACAUUCUCAGUUUUCCUUCUGUUAAAACAUCUUCUGAAAUUUCUGCAUUGGCUCUGCCUGUUUUUUAUCAAAGAAACUGAUUUUGUGACAGUUUUCACUUCAUUUUUACUGACGAUUGAAGAAAGACAGCAUCACCUGAUUUUGCCUACCACCACUUCAAAGUUUUCACCUCUCCUCAUAAGAGAUCCAGUGCCCAUGACUAAUAUUUCACAGUGCAGUUUGGCUUAAUAAAGUUCUGGUAAUACUAAUACAUAAAUUGAGAUUGGAGGACAACUUGAGGGAAGUAAUGGAGGAUGAAUCUACAAAU